CCCGACAUUGCCAGUGCCAGAUGUAACGACGUGGAGGACAGACGUGCCCGAAUCUCCCGUGGGAGUAUUACGCGAUCUAUGUAACUCGAUUUCAGUUAGUGUUAAAGUGUACGUGCUAGUGUAAAGUAAAAUUCGCAAGUUUUACUCUAUAAGUUUGUGUACUAUAAACCGUGUAACGUGAGUCUAAUAAGUUUUGAAGGUUUAAAUACCGAGUUAUGAACAUAUAUUGUAAUGUCACAAUUUUCAAAUUAUAAAACUAAUUCGUAAUAGUGUUAUAGUGAAAAUCAUGACAUAUGAGUGAAAAGUGAAGUGAUGAUUGUAAUAGAAGCAGUAUGACCACAUGGAUGGCGCUGUUCGGGCUAGUGUGGCUGCUGCGCGUGCGCGGGUCCUUGUGCGGCUGCGCAGCGUGCAAGCGCGCUCGGCACGAAGCGCACGAGCACGAGCGAGCACGCAGCACGCGCACGCCUAGCCCAGAGGAGUGCGCGCCGUUUGACGUCAUCGCGCUGCAGAACUACACGCGGGACGUCACAGUGCAGACUGACUUCGAUGAUGACGAAGUCGAGGAUCUUGAUAAGAUCGAACUACAAAUAUCUGAGGAAUCAAACACUGGCAACUGCGAGGGAGGGAGGGAGCAGGGGAGUCCAGGAAACGGCCGGCGGCUCUCAGGAAGCUGCCAGUACCCUGAUUCAGACAACGAGUCGGUAUGGGAGACGGCAGACGUGACUUUAGAGCGGGGGGCGGCGGGGUUGGGGCUCAGCAUUGCGGGGGGGGAGACCGGAGGUGACGUCAGCAUAACCCGGCUGGCCGCUGGGGGAGCGGCUAAGAAGGAUGGACGGUUGCAGAUAGGAGACAUUUUAUUGCAAGUGAACGAUCUUUCGGUAGAAGGCGCACCUCAUUCUGUUGCCGUGGACGCACUUCAGAAAGCAGGAAAUAUCGUGAGAUUACGAGUCCGACGUGCCCGUCGACCAAGGGUGGUGACAUUGUGGAGAGGCGUUCGCGGACUAGGCCUUGGUAUAGCGGGAGGAGCGGACGAAGCAGCGGGUGGCGGAGGCAUUUUUGUGUCACACAUUGCGGUCGGUGGGGCUGCUCAUCAUGAUGGUAGAUUAAGCUUAGGAGAUAAAAUUUUGGCUGUUAGAGAUGAAGAUGGAAUUGAAACGUCAUUGGUUGGUGCUACGCAUGCGCAAGCAGUAGGUGCAUUACGUAAUACAGGAGAACACGUCACUUUAGUCGUACUACCCGCAGGAUCAAUUUUACCCGUUGCCAGAACCGCUCCGCUUUAUUCUACACGAACGCAAGCCACUUCUUGCUCGACACUUCACGAGCUCUUAGAAGAUGAACCGACUGAAAUACCGAGAUGUGUCCGCAUGGUGAGACUGGUGCGCUCCGGUUCCCGUCUCGGGAUGGACAUAGUGGGGGGCUUAGGGGGGGAAGUUGAAGAUUCCAACGAUGACGAUGCCUGUGGGGUGUUCGUCUCGGGGGUGUCGGAAGGGGGGGCCGCCCACGGAAUGCUGCACCGUGGUGACAGGAUACUAAGUGUUGACGGACGAGACCUUACAAGGGCUACACAUGAACAAGCCGCAGCUGCGUUGAAACAGUAUUCAGGCAGUGCUGUUACGAUAGCUGCCCAGUACCAACCAGAACAGUACGAGCGACUCCGCGCUAGGAUCAGAGCGAUCAACGCCGCAGCGGUAAUGUCGCCGCACCCGAGACAUGCGACUAUUGCCACACACGGACCCGUUCAUCCCGAUUUGCAUGCUGUGUAUCCGAGAUAACAGUGAACUGGCUGUGAAAAUGACCAUUCUAAGAACUGAAGAGUAGUUAGUGAAUCAAUUAUUAUUAUAACUAAUAAUCUAUUCCACGACCUUACAGGAAAAUUAAAUAAGGAUUUUCAUUCAAAUACUUGUUUAUUUUUAAUAUAAGCGUACUGAAAAGUUCACAGAAAUAUUAUAUUAUAUUAAAAAUAGAACUUAGAUACUGUAUAACUCAAUUUCUAUGUUGACAUUUAUCAUAGAUUGCUCCCAAUUGUGAAUAUUCCAUAUUAAUUAUUUAUCAAAAUAAUUCAGUUUCGAAAAUUCCACCAAUAAAAAAAAUAUUGGUCUAUUGAUAAUAAAUACAUACAAUCUAUUACAUAGGGUUUGAUUACUUAUAUAAAUGCUAAAUAUAAAAAACGUUAAUGUGGAGUGCCAAACAUUGGAUAAUAAUACCAAACAUUAUACAAACUAAGUAUAACUUCCUGAAAUCAAAAUUACAAUUCUUUUGUGCGUUAUGUAAAUAUGUAAUUACAUCAAUUUUAUAUGUUUUGUAUGUACUCUUUGAAUUGUAAACUACUUGUAGAAUAGAGGCAAAGACCGUAUAAUUGUAAAUAAUAAUGUUUUUGGACUGUGAUAUUAAUAUAAUAUUAGCGUUACUGUAUCGUAAAAAUGAAAUUGAUUAUACGAUAUUAAACACUAUGUAU